AUGCCUCAACUCAACCCCGCCCCUUGAUUUGCCAUUUUAGUCUUUACAUGACUAGUCUUUUUAACCAUUAUUCCCACAAAAAUUUUGGCCCACACCUAUCCUAACGAACCAACAUCUCAAAGCACAGAAAAACCUAAAACAGAGCCCUGAAACUGACCAUGACA